CUUUAUUUUCCGUGUUUAUUUGAAUAGUUUCUUAUAAACAUAUAACGCCAUUCUACUACUUUAAGUUAAAAGAUCAACGGACUUUGGUAUUCGACAGCAAUACAGCAUUCGUCAAGCAAAAUUCAAACAUUGAAACAGAUAUACGAUCAUAGUACGUCAAAUAUAAUUAUUGGACACAGAAGAAAAAAAGUAAAAAAAUAAAUGGACUUUCAGAAGGUCGUUCAUCAAAUACUGCUGUUGUUAUUUACCAUAGAAAUUUCUACGACGUUUGGUAACCAUGAAGAAGACUUGUUCGAAUUAACAUCAACCAGCGAUAGCCCGGGUUUGCAGUACGAACUCAUAGGUAAUGGUAGAGCUUGCGGAAGUAGUUGGACAGUAAACACAUAUAUGGAUUUAAAAUUUUUAAAUAACAGUCUUAGAAAUAUUAGACAAAUGUUAAACUCAAUUGAACUAAUUGCGUUCAAAGACAUUUCUAUAACUUUGUAUCAGUUAAAAAAACACACGAACAGAUUGGAAAACGAGAUAGGUUUAAUUGUACAAAUGGGUAGACAUAACAAAAAAGUUAAGCGAUCUAUUGAGUUUGGGGGUACGGCAUUAAAAUGGAUGUUUGGAGUAGCCGAUGCUGACGAUGUACGAAGAUAUGAUAGUACGAUCGAUAAAUUAGAAAACAAUGAGAAAGAUGUUAUGCGUAUUGUUCAUGAUCAGAUAUCUAUACUAAAAAGCACAAUAAUUAAUUUUAAUGAUUCCGUUACAUCAUUUAAUGAAAAUAAGAAAAUAUUUGAUGCAAAUAUGAAAGAAGGCAAGAAAAAAGUGAACGAAUUGAUUAUUGAGAUAGCUAAGGAAGACAGAAAAAUCAUUAUUCUGAGUUCGAUAACUCUUUUAGAAAACACUAUAUUUGAAUUGGACAUGUUUAUUAGUAGGUUGCAAAGAGUAAUUUCUAACGUACAGAAUAAUGUAGUAGAUGCGUUUAUAAUAACACCUGACCAAUUGCUUUCGGAAAUAAAAAAUAUUCAGAGUAUACUCCCGGAUGAUUUGAAAAUCCCUGUUAAAUUUGAUGAGAAUAAUAUUCAAGAAAUAUUCAAAAUAUUAAGUAUUGAAAUGCACACAAUAAAUGACAGAUUUAUUUUUUCUUUAAAAUUUCCUCUGUGCCUUAUAGAAAAUUUCAACGUUUAUUACAUAUUACCUAUUUACAUUCCAAUUAAUGAACAUGGUCAAUUUCUGCAUAUGACUAAAAAUUCUAUGUAUUUGUUAAUGGACAAAAUAAUGACCAAAUAUUUUAUAUGGCCAGAUUUAAAUAACUGUAAAGUAGUGGAUAAAAUAUUUGUUUGUGGAUUUAAUGAAAUUAUACAUAAUUGUGACACGGACCCCACAUGUGUAACAGAAUUACUAAAAAAUUCUUUAACUAAACCACCUCAAUGUGAUACUUAUAUCUCUGAAUUCAAAACAGAAAUGUGGUAUCCCUCAUUUUUCAAAAAUCAUUGGUUUUUCGUAUGUGAAAAACCCACUACAAUUACUAUAAUUUGUAAUAAACAGUCUUUCACUCAAAAAAUUAAAAUUAAAAGUUCUGGAAAGUUAUACUUGAAGUCUGGGUGUAUUGCUUACACCUCGAAAGGUGUACUAAAAACUGAACAAGUAUUAAAUCAAACAUAUUUCUCAAUUCCAGUAGACUUAUCUCUUACAAAUGAUUCAUGCUGUAAUGUAUUCAAUUUUUCUAAUCAAGCCUAUCCCAAACCUAUCCACUUCGAUGAAAUAAAAAAUAUUAAAUUUAAUAAAGAUGCGUUCAAUACAAUAAAUAAACAAUUAGACCAACAAGAUAUGUUAAUAAAUUCGCUUAUUGUAGAUAAAACGUAUGAAUUUAUAUACACAAACAAAUAUUUAGUUGUCAUAAUAAUAGUUUUUUUAAUAUAUUUUAUAGCAAAAUUUUAUUUAAAUAGGAAAGCAAAAAAAUUAGCUAUAGAAAACAUUAAUUUAAGUUACAAUCCUCCAAUUUCUAAAAAUUAAUUUAGUAAAGGUUCUUAGUACGUAUACCUGAUAUUAUAUAUUAUUAUAUAAUUGUCAAAUACCAUUCACAACAUUUAUAUUAUUUUUUCGGAAGUUAAUAAUUAGUAUGUAGGUAUAUGUUUAUCUUACUUUUUUCUACACUUAUAUAUUGUAUAAAUGUUCUUGUAUAAAUAUAUUUUAUUUUAUAACAUACUUUAAUGAAAUUGUUCAAAUAAUCGAAUGUAUAAUCGGAUUGAAAUGCAUCACCUUUAUAAAUUCAAUUUUAUUUGUUACUUUUAAAGUAAUUACUAAUUUGUAUAGUUGUGUUGUAAAGAUAUCUAAUACACUAAUUAUUUUAUGAUUUGCCUUGGCAAUGAGCACCCUCACUUGUUUAUUAGAUAUUAAAAAAAAAAUUGUAUUAUUACUAUUAUGUACCUAAAAAUUUUAAUAUAUAUGUCUCAUUAUAUACUAUAUCGUGUGUUUUUUAUUAUUACUAUUAUCUCUAUAAAAUUGCUACUUGUAAAGUUGGAUAACUGAAACACCCACUUAGGUUGAAUUUAUAUAUUUUUGUACAUUAUAUUGGGCUCACUGCCCGUAAUAAAUAAAUAAUAAUAAAAUAAUGAGUUUUAGUUUUUAUAAAUUCUUAUAUUUUUAACACAAUAAAUAUUAUAUGUUAUAUAGAAAUUAGUUUUAAAUGUUUUUGAAGAGUUUGUUAUGAAUAUUUUAUAUAAAAUUAGAGGACUCGAUUUUCGAUAUUUCAUUUUCAAAAUAUAUAAAAUCGUUUUGCAUUUUUUGUUUUUUGUUUUCACUUUUUUGAUUUGUGAAUAAUUGGUAUAAUAAGCUAAAAUAUCAAAAAUCUAGUGCUAUACGUUAACAGAUUCAACUCUCCUCUUCAACUUUUAUAAGAGGUUUUUUGAUCUAAACCCAGUCAGUCAGCCGUGUUUUUGGAACUAAA